UAUUACAGAUUAUCGUUGUUUAAACUUGUGGAUAUAUAAAUUUAUAUCACACUUUAGUAGUGACAGUGAUCAGUGGUUAGGAGCAGUUAGGAGACGGCAGACAUGUACUUCAGAAACUGUGUUUAUUUUCUAUGCGGCUGCGUGGCGUUUGGUGCUAUGGCUUCGCCAGAUGUCACCGUAUUUUUCCCGGAGAUAAAUGGAAAUUUGAGCAGCAUCACUUGGGCCCAUGCCGUCAACAAUCAGAGUUAUUUGAAUUCGACACUUUACGAUAAUAAUAUAAUGAUGAUAGAGGCGGAUAUAGUUCUGGGCACACUCACAGGCACUAAUAACACUAAUGGCACUAACGCUACUGAGAUCCCGGUGAUGGGUCAUCCACCAAGCAACACUUCAGAUCUCUCUUUAGAGAAUUUCUUGACCACCAUAGACUUAUUUAACACGAAUGCGACAAAUACCACAACGAGGAAGGGUGUCAAGUUGGACUUUAAGUCUAUUGAAGUAUUCAACGCUUCCAUCACACUUUUGAGGUCAUACAAUCAGGGAAGGUAUCCGAUAUGGUUAAACGCUGACAUCUUAGAAGGGCCAAUAAACGCUACAACCGUUCCAGUUAACGCUGACCAGUUUCUGCAGGGAGCUUCUGAAUUCAAUAAUACAGUUCUGUCCAUUGGUUGGACCACAAAUUUUGGAGCAAACAUGACUGGUAAUUACACAACAGCCCAAAUCAGUUCGAUGACUACCGUGAUAAGGCAAAACAACGUCACUCAGAACAUAACGUUCCCGGUGAGGGCAGGACUGGCCGCUGAAAGUUUGUCUGUAAUGAGUGCGCUGAUCACCAAUGUCACCGGUUCGACUUUAACGUUGUGGUCCAGUGAAGGGGAUAAUGUUAAUGUUACUAACCUAAGGAACCUCAUAGCUCAAAUAGGCGUUAGACGGGUAUUUAUCGAUAUCCCAGAUGACUUGAGGAAUCAAUUGAGUCUGGAUAAUUUGCCUAGCACCCCAGUGGCGCCCGGUGGUGCCAGUUCGUUGAUGCCAAAACUUGUUGUAAGCGUUUUGGUUGCUUUGCUGGCUUUUAUUUGUAAAUAAGUGUAAUAUAAAGAGACUAGCAGAAUAUGAAUACUUUUCUCGAUAGUUUUAUAUGUAUAUUUGUACAAUAAAUUAUUAUGUAAUUUUUCA